AUGGCGGAAAAGAACACGGUCAUUGAACAAUGCUUGUCCUCUACAAAGGGCUUGCGCUCUUCUGUUUCACAGCUGUUUGAAGAUUUUGUGUCUAAACCUAUCAGCAGUACUGACAAAAGUUCUCAGGAGCCAUURAAAUCUGCAGAGUUUGUCCAAGACUUGAAAAAACACUUUGGGAAUAUACAGAAAUCAGUGAGUAACAUAGAAAAAUCGGCUGCACAAGUGAGUCACAUGAAGACAGACUUUGGRACAAUUGCUUUGGGUAGUGCAGGUCUCAUAAGCCUUGAUCCUGGCGAUGACAAAACGCAGUUAUACAAAGACCUUGUAGGAACCUAUAACUGGCAUGAAAAGCUUCAUACACAGUCUCAGCAAGCUGUUUCUUGUAUGAAAAGAAUACAUCCAUGCUCAGCSAAAAGAAGUGACGAGGGUGUUAAAAAGCCUCGCUAUGGAGUAUCCUCUUCUAAAAGUGACAUGCGUGUAGACAAGCUUGACAAACUGAUUCAGUAUUUACGACAGAAGCAUUCCAAUCUCAGAAUUCUACUUUUUAGAAUUUCUGGAGCACUUAUGUUAGAGAUAACUGUUCCCAAAACAUUCAAAGCUAUGGUAGUACUUAAAGGGAUUGGUAUUGACCAGGUCAUCAUCAGAGGCAUCAAUGAAACUGCUAAUGAACAAAAGGAGGAUCUGUGGACACCAUCAAAACAUUUAGUAUUUCAAAAGCUGACAGAUUAUGCCACAUCUGCAUUUCUACAUUAUUCAACAACAGGAGAACCAGUCGUAAAGAUUGUCAGUUUCUUGUGUUGGAUUGAUAGUUUUCAAGGCUUAUUUUCCAAAAAGUGCACAAAGUGUGGUAAUUACCUGGAAGAGGAUGACCAAAACACACCCCUCCCCCCUUGCUGGAGAACUUACGACACUUUGUUACCUUACCAUUAUAAGUGCUACUCAGCAAACCUGGUGUAGCUUAGAUAGUACCAAAAAUUCUCUAAUUUAUUAGAUUUAUUAGAAUUAAAGCAGAUUUCGUAUGAGUGGGAAACAGACGGUACUGUACUGUGACCGUAAUCGUACUGUAACCAAAUUCWAGUKCCCCAUUGGUUCACCAAAAUUGUGCAGGCCAGGUCCGGUAACUGUGCRGUAACCAUGCAGUAAUGGUGUCCCACUCAUCCGAAAUCCGCUCUAUGUUAAACAACUAAAGGUGCAAGCAAUGCUGCAAUGCAUACUUUUGCAUAAAMCGGUCACAUGGUAUUUUUACUGCAUGCCCAAAGAAUGUAAACAACAUCGAGAACAAAAGGAAAGCAGCCCGUCAAGCUUUACUUUUCUUUGUUUURAGCAUCCCAGUGGGUAUUUUGGYAUCCAGUAUGGCAGAUUUAGUACCAUUUGACCAUUUCAUGCAAAAGGCCUAUUUCUUUGGUGCCAUAAAAGUUG